AAACCCGGGGUGCUCUUGGCUGAGAGCUUAAAUGCUGCAAUUCUCAAGACUUGGGCUGAUUGGGGUUCUUUAGGUGGCCUGGGGAGCAAGCAGACAGACAUCACUUCCAGCUCUGAACGAGGUCUGUUAGGGAGGGGUGCUGUAGUCUGGCAGUGCGCCAUUCCCUUCCGUGGCCCUUGUGAGCCAUACAGUCAUCCUUGGCCUGGUCCCGCCCUUGGGGAAGAAUGGGCCCCUCUGUCCGGAGGCCCCUGCGACGUGCUGAGCAUCCAGACACGGCAAAGAGCCUGCAGGGUGUGGGGUCUCCGCUGCAGGAUCCUGCUGGUUCGUUUCCGGCGGGAGAAGUGCACAAUGGGGUCUCUGAGGACUGUUUCCCGCCACUGGCCCCAUUGUUGCCAUCCCUGCCUUCCUCCUGGGCCGCCUCUUUAUUUUGUAAAGGGCUAGCGAGACCCUGGACAAAGCCUAUGGCCUGAAAGCCCUUAAGUGAGGUGUGCACAAGGUUUCUCAGGCCCCAGCCAAGCGGAUUCCUGCCACCUCUACCUCAUGGCUUCUGAGAAACCGUCAGCUCCAGUGCUGAGUGGAGCAGGAGUGGAGUUCCAGAAAUGGCUUUCUGUCCUCGCGUGCCCUCCCUUUAAGGCUCUCACCCAUCAUCAGUCCCAGUGGACUAUUCAUUCUUUGGUAAGGAACAGGCUGGGAGAGGGACAGGGCUCGGCAGGGACCAGACAUGGGUCCUUGCGUCGACUGUGCCAGUGAAGGUACCUUCCUGUGCCACACCCUACAUAGGCCCUGGAAUGGCUGCCUUGGAAUGUUUACAGGCAGAUAGCUUUAAUAACACCUGUGUGUAUGCUAGGGGUGGGCAGAGAGCAUGCUCCUUUUACUUAGACGGCCUGCCUAUGGAGUGGGAGGGGUGAUGAGGAUAAGAGAUCACUCCUGAAGAGCAGGUGACACCAUUUUCUUCCACCAUCUGCCUCUGGACUGGCUCCCUGCUACUUACUCUCAUUUCCCCAAAGUCCAUGAGGUGCUAAGGGCUCAGACAGGCACCUUUCCACCUGGGUGUGGGGAUGAUUGGGCCAGUGGCCUCAUGUUUGCACUAGGGAACGAGUGAUGAGGCCCCCAAAGUGGAAGCAGAGACAGCAGGGGCAAUGGUGUGUGUGCGUGUGGGCAGGUGGACCAAAAUCACAGGAACCAGCCUGGGAAAACCUGUGUGGACCAGAGACACCUCCAAGUAGAGCCCUGGCAACUGAGGAGCAGAGUGCUUUGUGUGGGUGCCAGUCAGGUAAAGUUGCCAGGGCUUCCUGGGUGCUCUAGGCCUGAGAAUUAAUUCUGCUAGGAGCAGCCGAUAAGAAUAGCUGUGCCCAAGCAACCCUGUCUAGAAUUCGGUGUGUGGGAGGGCCCCAUUUCAGUUCUGCUGGUGACGAUUCGAUUCUGAGCUGGGUGGGGCAGAGCCUCUUUCCACAGAAUACACAUACUCUGCUGCCUUGGAACACCCGUCCUUCAGACUGUUUUGGACGAAAACACUCUGCACCCGGGGGGGGGGGGGGGCAGGGUGGUGGUCUUGGGCAUGCUCAAUUUGGAAGUCAGCACGGGUUCUACUAGAUAGCUGAGGAGGAGCAGGUCAGAACUGGACACAGACAAGGAGGACUUUAUAUUCACGGCCAGUUAGCUUUAAUGUAGGUGGUUGGGGUCCAGCAGAUAGACUCAAGGCUCUAUCUGUUUACAUGCAGGGCCUUACUAGGAGUCACUCAACCCUUUAUUUUUGAAGGAAGGAGAGCUUCCGGGCUGCUGAGCUGUCUUUCACCCUAGGCUGGGCCAGCUGCCAGCACCCAGCCUCUCACAUCCGGCCCCCUCCCUCCACACUCACUAGAGAGCCAACAUCUGUCUGUAUCUGCCCGCCCCUCUCCUUCGACCCCAGAACACGCUCUAUUUCCCGCUUAGUUGUCGUCGCUGUCGGAGGGACUGGAAGGACGUCCUCCAUGGGUUGCUUCUGGGUGUUUGGUAGGAUUUCAGGAAGUCUAGGUCAGCAGAAUCCGCAAGAGGAGAAUGACUUCCAAUUAUAGUGGCCCUGGUUUUAACCUAGGACUGCAGGGCAGGAGCAGUAUGGCCUCAGGGUGAUCCAGAGCUAAGAUUCCAUAUAGUUGUCUGCAGGGUGGACCCAGAGGCUAGCCGCUGUAGAUCUUGGACCUACGAGGGGCAAACCCUGUAAGGCUCGCCUAUCUCCUGGGUCAUUGAGACUCGAUACCAUCACCCGGAACCCACAGAAGGGGCCACGCCCGGCUAGGGGGAGAAGAAUGAGUGACGGACUGGUCGCACAGGCCCCUUCCACUUCCGGCGUCCGAUCGCAGCCUCUAUCUAGACUUAUGCGGUCGCUGCAACGGCUGGGGUAGGCUCUGGACAGAAGCUUACGGCUCAGGCCGGCGGUAGCCGGGAGGGCAGCCGCCUCCAGCUCCCGCCCGGAGGCCUUGGGAAGGACGACCCCGGACUGCGUAUCUCUCAACCAUGGAUCACGACGACCCGGCCGAGGCGUUGACUGCACUGCGCGAGAGGCGGCCGGGCUUGCUGGAGCUAUUGCAAGCAGCGGCAGGCUCGGGGUUGGCCGCCUACACUGUGUGGGCGCUGCUUCUGCAACCGGGCUUCCGCCGCGUGCCUCUAAGGCUGCAGGUGCCCUACGUUGGCGCGAGUGCCCGGCAGGUUGAGCACGUACUGUCGCUGUUGCGAGGCCGCCCUGGAAAAAUGGUGGAUCUAGGCUCUGGUGACGGCAGGAUCGUGCUGGCGGCCCACCAAUGUGGUCUCCGUCCAGCUGUGGGUUAUGAGCUGAACCCGUGGCUUGUGGGACUUGCAAGGCUGCAUGCCUGGAGGGCUGGUUGUUCCGGGAGUGUCUGCUACCAUCGAAAGGAUCUCUGGAAGGUGAGCCUCAGAGACUGUCACAAUGUGUCUGUGUUCCUGGCCCCCAGUGUGCUCCCACUGCUGGAGGACAAGCUGCAAGGAGAGUUACCUGCAGGGGCCCGUGUGGUAUCUGGACGUUUCCCCCUUCCCACCUGGCAGCCUGUAGCUGUGGUGGGUGAGGGCCUGGACAGAGUCUGGGCCUAUGAUGUCCCUGGUCCUGGGCCAGCUGUGUCUUCUUGUGGGGUGUCCACCAAGGCUAUCCCGGAGUCCAGUUCUACCUCCAUCCCUGGGACCCGUGUUUGACAGGCUGGCCGACUAGAUACAAUAAAGACUCAAUACAGGCUUCAA